AACAGUAAACUCGGGUGAGUUAGACUCGGCACCGAUGAAACUGUCUAUCACUUCCAAAUUUGGAUUUCAGAUCUGUCAAUUCACCCUUCACUUCAUCAUGUUUUCUCUCUAAUUUCUCACAAAUUCCAACUCCAAGCUUCGUUACCAAGGACUGACAUAAAUGGGAGCAUCAAAGAAAUGGCUCAAAGCAUUGCUCGGUUCAAAGAAAUCCGACAAAUCACACUCUUUUGAGACGGAUGAAAAUAAAUCUGGGAGCACUGGCAAGAGUCGCCACCGAAGAAAGCACUCUGUUGAGAUUGAUAGCCAUGUACUUGAAAAUGAGUUCAAUCAAAAUGGGGUAACAGCAAAUUAUGAAUCCAAAGCUGCAAAUUUCCAAUCAGUCUCAGAACCAGCUAGCUCCCCUUCUACUUCACUUCAGGUUCAAAAUGUGCCUCAAAUUCAACAGAAUAGGAGAGAAGAAUGGGCAGCGAUACGUAUCCAGACAGCCUUUCGAGGAUUUCUGGCAAGACGAGCUUUGCGCGCUUUAAAAGGAUUAGUGAGACUUCAAGCUCUUGUCAGAGGUCAUGCUGUAAGAAAGCAAGCUGCCAUAACACUCCGAUGCAUGCAAGCUUUAGUUAGAGUUCAAGCUCGUGUCCGAGCUAGACGUGUUCGAAUCGCAUUAGAGACCCAGACAGUACAGCAGAAACUUCAGCAACAACUUGAACACGAGGCUCAUGUUAAAGAAAUUGAAGAAGGGUGGUGUGAUAGUGUUGGAUCUGUUGAAGAAAUUCAAGCCAAGUUGUUGAAAAGGAAGGAAGCAGCUGCUAAACGUGAAAGAGCUAUGGCCUAUGCAUUAGCUAACCAGUGGCAAGCCGGGUCAAGACAGCAGUUUACACCUUCUGGCUUUGAACCUGAUAAAAGCAACUGGGGCUGGAACUGGUUAGAGAGAUGGAUGGCCGUGCGCCCAUGGGAAAACCGGUUUCUAGAUAUUAAUCCCAAAGAUGGUGUCAAAAUCAGUGAGGAUGGACCAGCCGAUUUGAAUAAUGUGUCUGCAACUCAAUUCAAUUCUGCAGGAAAGAGACCCACAUUGAAUAUUGCAAAUGGAAAGGUUCCUUCACGUUCUAGUAAUAACACCAAUGUCUUCAAUGAGAAGAGGGCUGCUUCCAAUUCCGAAGGCUGCAGUUCUUCACCCAACAAGUCAGUCAAUGUGCAAGAAACCCCCAUGCCUAAUGCAGUUGUUGAAGACUUGGUUGAGGAAGCCACCUCAUCGCUUAAUGUUGUUUCAAGAUCACAGAGUAAUCCUAAAGAGAGGUCCACUCUCACAGAUGGACAAGGGAAGAAGCGAUUGUCUCUGCCAGCCAGUGGACUGGGUCAUGCAUCUCAACCUGUAAAACCACUCAAUAAAACUAGUGUUAGAAGGUCCCCUAGUGCCACGAACCCUGGUAAGGACAAAGUCAAGUCGAAUGGGCUUGAUGCCAAGUCAUCUAAACUUAGGCGACAAAGUUAUCAUUAGGAAUGGCACAAGUUCCUCGAGCAGCAGCUGCUGUAGAUUGUAUGUAAAGAGCACAUUGCUUGUGAUGAGUGAGGGGGAUGUUGCGAAAAUAAGAAUUGGAGUGCGACUGUUUAGUGAAAAAUGAUUGUAUUUAUUGGUUAAUUAGCAUUGUUUAGAGCUGUUGGGUUUGUGGUAGCUGUAUGUUUGGUUGCUCGUUUUUAUCUGUAGAAUGAUUGCUGCCUUGCCUUGAGAUUCAUAUAUAUGUUGUAAGUAUAUCAUUUCCACUAUUUCAUCCCUCGAUUUUGUCU